AUGGAAUUAGCAGUUGUGAUCAUAGGAGGUAGAGAUCGUGGAACCUGCAAUAUUAAGAUUGAAGUUACACAUAAUAUUUGUGAAAUCCUGAAAGAUUUUGAUAUCGAUUACAUAAUCAGAUCCAAAUUUGGCUGCACUGGAAUAUUACAUGGUGUAACAGAUGGUGAUUUACAUUUCUCAAAACAAGGGCACAUGUCGAAAAAACCUGAGAAGCUAUAUGAAAAGACAAUCCGUGGGCUGAAGAUUUCAGUAUGGAAAGACGAUCUGACAACACACAAAGUGGAUGCUGUUGUAAAUGCUGCUAAUGAAGAUUUAAAUCAUGUUGGUGGACUUGCUAAAGACUUAGUUGAUGCAGGUGGACAAAUUAUUGUAAGGGAGAGUAAGGACUUGAUUGAGAAAUGCGGAAAAGUGAAAACUGGUGAUGCAGUUGUAACAAAUGCUGGAAAUUUGCCAUGCACAAAAAUCAUUCAUGCUGUAGGCCCUAAGUGGAACAAGACUAAUGAAAAUGAUUCCAGUAAGUUACUUGCAGAAGCCAUUCAGUGCAUUUUAAAAAGGGCAUUUGAAUUUAAAAUUAAAACAUUAGCUAUUCCAGCACUGAGCUCAGGAAUAUUUUGUUUUCCUUUGGUUCUUUGUGCAAAUAUUAUCGUGGAUACUAUAAAUGCGUUUUUUAAGGACAAAUGGGAAGCCCAUAGUUAUCUUGAUGAAAUCCAUUUAGUGAAUAAUGAUGCAAAAACAGCAAAAGCAAUGGAAGAAGCAUGUUUCCGAAUUCUAGGUUACCCAGACAAAUUAACAAAGGCCAUUAGUGGAAACAUAUCUUCUUCUCCAACAUUUGAACAUGUAAUUAAAAUUAACUGUCUGCAGUUAAUGUUAAAACAAGGGAACAUUGAAGACCAGCAGACAGAUGUAAUAGUGAACACAAUGUCAUCACAAGGUGACUUAACACAGGGAAUGAUUUCAAAAGCGAUACUGAAGAAAGCUGGUUCACAACUUCAGAAUGAGAUGCAAGCUGUGUUGGGAAACAGAAAUGUAAAGCCUGGCAGUGUUAUAAGAACUAAUGCAUUCAACCUGAAUUCCUUUAAUGUGUACCAUGCAGUAUGUACUGAGUGGAAGGAGCCGUAUGAUUGCAAAGUUCUAAGGGACGUUAUAAAAACAUGUCUAGAAUAUGCAAAGGACGACAAAAUAUCUUCUAUUUCUUUUCCUGCCAUAGGAACUGGUAAUCUAGGAUUUCCUAAAUCUGAAGUAGCAAAAGUCAUGAUAGAGGAAGUAAUCAGCUUUGCUAAACUGAGCAGGAACUUCAAACUUGAAGUAUACUUUGUUCUUUUUCCUGGAGAUUCUUCCACAGUAAAGGCAUUUGAGAAGGAAAUGCAAAAUGCAAAAACACAGUUGAAGACUGAAACACAUUAUGCAGAAGCUAAAUAUAAAGACUGUAAGUAUUUUUCUGAAGAAGUAAUCAUAUAUAGUUAUUACGAGAUGGAUGAAGGUGAAAGAAUCAAAGCUGACAAAAGUGACAGCGUUGGCCUAGUGAUUGAACUUUGUGGAGAAGACAAUGAAACCCUGCAAGAGGCACAGGCAUGGAUUAAAAGAACACUACUUGUUGACCGUCAUUCUUAUGUAAUCAACAAUAAUCAUAUAUUUUACCUUGGCAUGAAAGAACAGAAAAAACUGCAAAACAUUCAAGCUACUUAUGGCAUUUCCCUUGAAGAGUUCUUAAGUGACACUGAAGCACACCUGGAAGUAAAGGGUCAUCCAUUUUCAGUGCACCGUGCAUUUCUUGAGAUAGAAAGAUUACUUUGUUUUGUUCAGGAAGAAUAUGCAGUAAAACACGAACGAGAGCUUUUACAGUCAUUGGUUCAAUGGAUGUAUGCAGAUCACAAGAGUAACGUAACCGAUUAUGAUUCUGAAGCUAACAUGAUUAUAGAAAAGGCAUUUCUGAAAAAAGAAAAAUCAGUGGAAGUAAAUGUCAGAGAUGUUCAGCACAUUGUACAUUUUAUAGCUAAGAAUGCAGUUAAUUCUCAGCAACAGAAUUUUCGUAUCAAAAGACAGUGUUACUAUGACUACAGUAAGGGAUAUCUGGAUGAGUGGAAUGGUAGUAGCCCCUUUUACCAAAAAUUGCGUAUUCAGCCCAGUGAUGAUAUAUUUGAAGAAAAGAAAAUGAUGUUUCAAAAAGAAGGGCUUGAAAUUCUUAAGCUUGAAAACAUAUGCAGUCCUGUCUUGCAAGGCAACUUCCUUCUGAAAAAGCAACUUCUGAGAUGCAACUCACUUUCAAAAAAUGGUUGCCAGACUUUAUACCAGCGGGUUCCAGCACAGUUCUGCAAUUUGGUGUGCCGAUGUGGAUUUCAGAAAACAUAUUCACAGCCUGAUGAAAAAAAGUACGGAGCUGGCAUAUAUUUCAGUAGCAACCUGAGGAGUCUGAUGCAAGAUCAAACCAGAUAUUUUGAGCAGGAUCAGCUGAUCUACAUCUUUGAAGCUGAAGUACUUGCUAAUCGUCCUUAUAAGGGAACCCCGGAUCUAAUUGUUCCUCCUCCUUUUGAUUCAGAGGGUGUGAAGCUACAUGAUUGCACUGUGGAUGCUGUAAAACAUACUAAAACCUACGUAAUUUUCAACAGCAGCCAAGCUUUACCAAAGUAUUUGAUAACUUGCAAGAAAAAAAUUACACAUUCCUAUAUCUGAACAGUAGGAAACCUCAUGCUUUUCUAAAAAAUGAAGUGUUCUUAAUCAAGUUUGAUAUAACAUCUUUUAAUUAUAAUAACAGCCUAUGAGUGGAGACUUAAUUGCAGAUUGUUCUGUGAUGCUAGUGUUAUGCUUAGUAACUUUACUCUGUAACUUUCAAGAUAAACCUACUUAAUCUACACUUCAGAGAGGAAAAAAUAUAUAUUCUAUGAAAAAUGUUAAUGUAGAUUAGCCAUGACUGUUGGUGGUUUAAGGCUUAAUUUGUAUACAAUAGUCAGUUAUAUAACAAUUGUAUCACUUGGAUCACUGCUACUUGUUGAAUGGUGUGGUAUCGCUGUUACAACCUGAAAAGUAAAGCACUAGAAGGUUGCCAAAGACACUACACCAAGUGUUAAAGAUGAUUGUAUUUAAAAAUAAAUAGUACUGCACACUCACAAGUAAAAAUUAACAUGGUUAUACUUGGGAAUUUUUGAUAAGCAAAUAGGAUAUUUUCUGUUAUACAAGGAAAAACCAUAGUGAUCAUUUACACUGACUGUAGAUGUAAGCCAUGACCAAUAAAAUUUACCAGAUUCUGUGGUACUUGAUGCUGUUAUUGGGGAAAAAGAAACAACUAUGCAAGAUCUGUAUUUUAAAACUGUAAAAAAAAGUAUAAAUAUUUUGCAUGAGGUUUACGCUCGUGCUGUUUAAAGUACCAUUCUGCUUUACUUCUAGCUGUUCUGCCAUGGCCACUGUUAUUUUAUUUUGAGUUACGUAGAUUGUAGUCAAAGAAAUCACAAUUACAUAUUUUUUUAAUUCUUAAAUACAGGUGUUAUUUAGAAUUUUAAACACUCAGUUUAGAAGCAGGAAACAUUUGUAUAUCUCUGCUAGGAGCAGAGUGGUACUUUACUGUUCAGACCUGUGUGUAUGUUUGCAAAGAAUGAACUUGCCAAGUUGAAUAUUUACAUGCUGUACUGAAUUUUUUUAAUUUAGCAAACUGUAGCUAUAACAGUCUGAUGUGGUUUAUUUCUUACAUUGUCAGCAUUCUUCACAUUUAUUAUCCUUGGGGUUUGAAGCAAUUACCCUCUUCAUAAAAGGUUAAUGAGCAUAGGCAGAAAAGUAUGAAUUGUCUAUUUUGCCUUCAGCAGAUGUCAGAUAUGCAGUCUAGACAUUUUUCUGACAGAAGGCUGCAUGUAUUUACUUUGCUACUAACAAGUUAUCUUAACAUUGUUUAUACUUAGCCAGAGUUGGUGGCUUAAAGCUUAUUAUUUUGUAAUGUUACUGUGAGUAAACAUUGGUUUCUUCGA